AUGACAACAACACCAUUCGAAUUCACCGCCCCCAUCUCUGAUGAUGAUGAGAACUCGCCCGAGGCCAUAUCAGCCCGCCGCAAAGAACUGCAAGCCAUGGAGCAAGCCGCCAUCGAGAUCCUCGGUCCGUGUCCGCCCGACUUGCACGAGUCGACGAUCGAUAUCCCUCUUGCGGACCAGGGGUUUGUGAGCCAUGCCAUCGUCAUUCGGCCCGUCUCGAAAGGAAAUAAUGGUGAGGGCCAUGGACAUCACCAGAAGAAGGUCAAAAAGUGCCCUCUGAUCGUGUACAUGCACGGAGGAAGCUUCGCCUUUGGCACGCCCAGAUUCGCGCUGUCCCCGGCCCGGGCAUUUGCGAGUUAUUUUGGAGCCGUGGUCGUCUGUCCGUCGUACAAGCUGGCGCCGGAGAACCCGUUCCCGGCACCGAUGCAGAGUGCCUGGGAGGUGGUGGCGUGGUUGUCUGAGCCACGAAACCUCAAUCAGGGAGUCCUCGACCGCGACGAAGAAGGCAUCGAGUUUGAUCCUGCGCUCGGAUUCGUGCUGGCGGGAUGUAGUGCCGGCGCAAGCAUCUCGGCAGUCAUAGCUGGGAUCGCGGCUGCUGCAAGGGCAGGAGAAGGACACGGGCACGCAGAGCUGGUACGCGGGCUAACACCGAGACUUGUCUCUCCCAUCACAGGCCUCUUCAUCUCCCUCCCUCAUAUCGUCCAUCGAGACAUUGUCCCAUCCAAAUACGCGUCCACGUUCCGGUCUCGCGAGGAGAAUGCCAACGCGCCCAUCAUCAACGCCGCGUCUCUGGCCAACUCGGUCAAGAGACUCAAGACCGAUUUCCAUUCACCGUGGUUCUCACCUCUCAACCUGGAUCUUUCAGAGAUCAAGGAACAUCACCCUCAAAGAGUCUAUGUGCAUGGCGGCGAGUUGGAUGUCCUCCGUGACGACGCGGUCAUCUAUGAACGCGUGUUGAGGGACGGUGGAGUCGCCGAGACGAAGAUCGAUGUGCUGCACGGCUAUGGUCAUGUAGGCUGGGUUUCGCUGCCGUUUCCUGAGGCGCACACGCCAGAGAUCAAGGAGAAGGCAAUGGACGGCAUGGCUUGGGUUCUGGGCAAGGAUUGGGACAGAAGCAGACCCCUUCCAUACUAA